AUGACCAGCGCUGCCGUUGCAGUCACCAUCGACUCGUUCACGUCACGAGACGACGCCGUUCAAUUUAAUCGAAGUCGACUUGGCUACAGACGUACAGCAGACUCUAUAGAUGGACAUUGGCAACAAGUUCGGGAAGAAACAGCGACGUUAAAAGACGUUAAUAUCGUCACACAACUCAAUCGAGUGCAUGAGGCUUAUCGUCUUUUACUACGACUAGCACCUUCCGAUACGCAACUAAAUGCGACUUUCCCUCUUUAUUUGGAAGUUCCGACUCAAGCUUCUAAUUCCAGUGAAGGAAUAGAAAUGUGUUUGCCAGAAAUCGGAGCGUUUUCACUUGUUCAGCAGUUGCAAUGUCAAACAGAAGAGAGACAGCAAACUUCUGACUCGACGAGUACUGGCCAAGCUGCUGCAAUGUUCGGUGGAACACUAGUAGCAGCUUUUCUGAUGUAUUCAUUGCUUCCUUAUGUGCGAGCAAGACAAAGGAAGAUACGUUGCAGCCGUUUGAGAACGACGAACAAGGACAGACUGAGUUGGUGGAGUGGUCAGAUAGAUUUACCGACCACACCGACGACGGCGGCUGAAGCUAGUCGACGCAUAUGGGGAAGCUUAGAUGGUGGCAGCAUUGAACCUGCAGAAGCGUAUUGUGACGGACUGAGGAAAAGAAAGAGUCGACAACACGAAGUUGUGAAUGGAAACGAUGUACCAGACGCUGUGUCGGAGCUGUUGAUGACUAAACUUCCUGAUUUCAAUGACGAACGGGGCUGGCGCGACUUUUUUGAUAUGCAGAUCUAUCACAGCGAUUCCCAGGUCGAGCAACACGCCGUAACAAAGAUUGUGCCAAACAUCAAGAGUCGAAAAGAUGCAAUUGUCGCCACAAGCAGUAAACUACGCCAAAUGAAGAGCUAUUCUACAGCGAGAGGUCAAAGAUACAGGACAAUUAGGGACAGGAUCGACCGUGCCGCAAUGGAGGCUGCCAUUGACGAUGCGCAGUCAUUCAACGAGUUUUGGCAAAUGUGA